GUGAAGACGAGACGGUAGCAGGGACAGGAUGCAUCUGAGAGGAAAAGCCCACCUCACAUGAGACGAUGGAAAUGUCGCUGAAACAGUCGACUCUGGUGCUGCUCACAGUGGCAGUGCUGGUGGUCUCAGGUCAGGAACAUGUGGAUCUGGAUCACGAAGAGAAAACAAGGGACGUUGCCAUCGGUUCCUCUCUGACUCUGCACUGCAAACUGGAGACGAAAAAUUACGAAAGGUUUCGUGUGCACUGGGAAUUCCACCCUUCCUCUGGACCCAACAGCUCAGCUAUUCUUAUCCGUGAGGAUACUGCAAACACGUCCAACAGGAUUACAGCGCAGACAUAUAUCAUAGAAAACGUUACAGACAAGAACAGUGGAUCGUACCAUUGUAAAGUGAUAGAAGAGAUUCCCGGUUUUGAAAAUGUUCAAAGCAAGAAAACACAAGUGGUUAUUGCAGAGAGCUUAAUGGAAACUACAGCAUACCCGUCAGUACUGACGAGAAAACAAGCGACUCCCAACCUUGUCCCAUGGUUCCCUAAAUGGUGGAUGUGGAUGGGGUUGUGUUUAUCGAUUCUCACCCUGUUCCUCCUGCUGCUCAUAAGUGCCGCGCUGAGAAGAAGAUGUCGCAGAAGACAAGAAGACCCCAUCUAUGCAAACACACGUCCUGUGGCCAAGCAGCCGUCACCUCGACCGGGAGCGUCAGCGAGCAACAACCUGAAGGCCGUGCCGUCAUCUGUGAACCUCAGACCCCCGAGUCCCAGGAGGAACUCAUACAAAACCUGAGGAAGUCAUGGAGCUUUUUUAUUUGGAACACAUUUCAUGUUUUUCAAACAUUUUUAUUUUCCCUUUCAGUUUUUCCAACAGUGUGUAAUAUCAUAAUAUUGUUGCCAAGUUUUGUGUAGUAAAUAAUAAUGCAAAUUCAAAGUGUUAUUUUGGGUGUGAGAUGCAGGAGGAAGUCAAGUUAUGGACACCUUUUUUCUUAACUGGACUAGAGCCCAUUGUAGCAAUUAUGACCCACUAUAUAAGAGAUGCCACAACUUCUGAACAUGUUUUAUUUUACAGAAUUAUUUUUCUUCUGUUAUUUUUCAACUGUGCACAUGUUGCCACUUUAAUAUGUUGUCAGUUCUACUUGUUUUGUAAAUAACCACAUUAUACAAAUAGCUAUUUUGACAGUAAUUUAUGGAGAGAGGAAGUCACAGACAACUUUUUCAUUAGAGACAAUUUUUUUAUUUUACAGAUUUAUAUCUUAUAUUUUCAAAUGGAGACCAUUGUGUAAAAUAGCUUUUAUGAGCCACUAGAUGGCAGGCAAUGCAUUUAUCUUGUAGAUUCAUGAAUUCAUAAGGUUUUUUUUCUUUUCUUUUUUCAACAAAAGAAAAUAAAUCUGAUUAUUUUAUAAUUGGUGUACUUUUUUUUCUUAUAAAACUGGACAUUGGAGAUUAUUGUAAAUUUUCCUACUUUGCAAAAAUAAUGCUGUUAUGAGCCACUCGAUGGCAGAUGGUGCAAGUAAGUUGUAAAUGCUUAAGUUAAAACCAUUUUUUAUUUGUAUAAUAUUUUAAUGUUUCUUUCAGUUCUAAUUGAGUAAAUGAUUUGAUUGAAAUGUUGUUCAAUUAACAGUUUUUCCUUUAGUUACAUUUUAAAAUGCCAAAAACUGAGCUUUUGUUGAACAGUUUAAUGUUGUAUGUGUUAUAGAGGGUU